ACCGCCACCCGCCCCUCGACCGUCCGCGGCCGGCGGAGCUAACCGCGCGCCCGGAUCCCUGGAAGAGGCUGAGGCUGCGGGACCGCCGAGCUGUGCAAGAAAAGGCCGAGGGAUGCGCUUGGACCCUGCGCCCUAGACAAUGAAGCCGCGGGCGCCACCGCCCGCAGUGGGCCCUGCGCGCCCAGGCCGCACCUGCCGGCGAGGCGGGUUCCGCGCUUGAGCGCCCGCCCGGUCCCCCAUGGCUCGGCUCCCCGAGCGCGGACCCCGGUACUCGGGCCGCGUGGCGCGCGGGCGGGCGCACUUUGGGGGCGCUGUUCCCGCAGCCUAAGCGCGGGCCUUGCUGUGCGCGGGGGGCGUGGGCGCCGCUCCCUACCGACCAGGGCUCUGCACCUGGCCGGCUCUGCGCCCGCGGCGCGCGUCCCGACGGCCGGCGGCGCUGGAUGCAGUCGAGCCUCGGAGGGCGGCGCGGCGGCCGCGGACCCUGGGGACAUGUACCUGCUGGACGGCAGCGGCGAGCCCGCGUCGCCUCCCGCGGACGCGAUGCCCCGCGGGACGCCCCCCAGGAAGACGGUCUACCGCAUCUCGGUGACCAUGGUCAGGAAGGAGCAGCUGGCCGCUCCGACUCCGCGCCCCACACGGCGGCCGCGGCCCGCGCGUUCCCCGGACGCCCCUGGGCGACUGGAAGAGGAGGCCGAGGAGGCGGCGGCUGAAGAUUCUGAGGCCGGGCCGCGCGCCUGGGACUUCCGCGCCUUCCGCACACGCAGCACCGGGCAGCUGGAGCUCGGGCGGCUACGGCCGUGCACACGCGGUGCGGAGCCUGUAGACCUGAUGGGCAGCCCUUCGGCUGAGCGGCCCAGCAGCCCCGACGUGGAGGAGGCUCGGGCCGCGCCCCUGCGGCGGAGCCUCAGCUUCAGGCACUGGAGCGAGCCCGAGGCCCCGCGGAGCCCUGCGCUGAGUGGCGGAAGGCGCCACAGCAGCUCCGGGAGCCUGGCAUGGGCUCCCGACGACGAGGUCGAGGCGGAGGCCUCCCCGGAGCCAGUGACCGGAGCGCAGCCCGUAGCGGAGAAACGCAACACCUUGGAUGUGGGCGAGGUGCUCAGCAAGAACGAUGCGCUCUCAGAUCUGGAGCGCUGGGAGCGCAGCAAGAGCAAGAACCGCACGCUGGACAACAGCGACCUGCAGCGGCUAGAGCGCGCGCGGGCUGCGGCCGCCGGCCCCGGAGCAGCCUCGGAGCACCGGCUGCUGCGCUUUUUCAGCGGCAUCUUUGCGCGUAGGGAUGGCGGGCCCUCUCCCCGAAGCGGCGCCCUGCGCUCCCGCGGUUACUUCAGCCUACGGCGGGCCCCGGCCGACACGCAGUCGUCCAGCGCAGAGAGCAUCGAGGGGUCCCCUCGCAGAGAUGCUUUUGUGAACAGCCAGGAAUGGACUCUCAGCCGAUCUGUCCCGGAGCUCAAAGUGGGAAUUGUGGGUAACUUGGCCAGUGGCAAGUCUGCACUGGUGCACCGAUACCUGACAGGCACAUACGUGCAGGAGGAGUCUCCAGAAGAUAUGGACGCAGGUGGCAGGUUCAAGAAGGAGAUUGUGGUUGAUGGACAGAGUUAUCUACUUCUGAUUAGGGAUGAAGGGGGCCCCCCGGAGGCACAGUUUGCCAUGUGGGUGGACGCGGUCAUUUUUGUCUUCAGCCUGGAGGAUGAGAUCAGUUUCCAGACUGUCUACCACUACUACAGCCGAAUGGCCAACUACAGGAACACCAGUGAGAUUCCACUUGUGCUGGUGGGGACCCAGGAUGCCAUAAGUUCCACCAACCCGCGGGUCAUCGACGAUGCCAGGGCACGGAAACUCUCCAAUGACCUGAAGCGGUGCACGUACUAUGAGACGUGCGCCACCUAUGGGCUCAACGUGGAGCGGGUCUUCCAGGACGUUGCCCAGAAGAUUGUUGCCACGCGGAAGAAGCAGCAGCUGUCCAUAGGCCCCUGCAAGUCCUUACCCAACUCUCCAAGCCACUCCUCUGUGUGUUCUGCCCAGGUGUCAGCCGUGCACAUCAGCCAGACAAGUAAUGGAGGCGGGAGUUUAAGUGACUACUCCUCCUCAGUCCCUUCGACCCCAAGCACCAGCCAGAAGGAGCUCCGGAUCGAUGUCCCUCCCACUGCCAACACCCCGACGCCUGUCCGGAAGCAGUCCAAACGCAGGUCCAACCUUUUCACAUCUAGGAAAGGGAGCGACCCAGACAAAGAGAAGAAAGGCCUGGAGAGCCGUGCGGACAGCAUCGGGAGCGGGCGAGCCAUCCCAAUUAAACAGGGCAUGCUGCUGAAGCGAAGUGGCAAGUCACUAAACAAAGAGUGGAAAAAGAAGUACGUCACCCUGUGCGACAACGGCGUGCUGACCUACCACCCCAGUUUACAUGAUUACAUGCAGAAUGUUCACGGCAAAGAGAUUGACCUCCUGAGAACCACUGUGAAAGUGCCGGGGAAGAGGCCACCCCGAGCCACGUCGGCCUGUGCACCCAUCUCCAGUCCCAAAACCAAUGGCCUGUCCAAGGACAUGAGCAGUUUACACAUCUCACCAAAUUCAGGGAAUGUCACUAGUACGUCUGGGUCUCAGAUGGCAAGCGGCAUCAGCCUGGUCUCCUUCAACAGCCGACCCGAUGGCAUGCACCAGCGCUCCUACUCAGUCUCCAGUGCCGACCAGUGGAGUGACGCUACAGUCAUUGCAAACUCAGCCAUCAGCAGUGACACGGGGCUGGGUGACUCCGUGUGUUCCAGCCCAAGUAUCUCCAGCAGCACCAGCCCCAAGCUUGACCCACCCCCUUCCCCCCACGCCAACAGAAAGAAGCACCGGAGGAAGAAAAGUACCAGCAACUUCAAGGCUGACGGGCUCUCGGGCACCGCUGAAGCCAAACGCAAAGCGUGGAAACUAAACCGUGUUGGUAGCCUGCGAAACAUAUACAGCAGCAGCAGCACCAACACCGAAGAGCAAGAAGAAAACUUUGAGUUUAUCAUUGUGUCCCUCACCGGCCAGACAUGGCACUUUGAAGCCACCACAUACGAGGAGCGAGAUGCAUGGGUCCAAGCCAUCGAGAGCCAGAUCCUAGCCAGCCUACAGUCCUGCGAGAGCAGCAAGAAUAAGUCCCGACUAACCAGCCAGAGCGAGGCCAUGGCACUGCAGUCCAUCCGUAACCUGAGAGGGAACUCCCACUGUGUGGACUGUGACACCCAGAACCCUAACUGGGCCAGUUUGAACUUGGGAGCCCUCAUGUGCAUCGAGUGCUCAGGGAUCCACCGGAAUCUUGGCACCCACCUCUCCAGGGUCCGAUCUCUAGAUCUUGAUGACUGGCCCAUGGAGCUGAUCAAGGUGAUGUCGUCUAUUGGGAAUGAGUUGGCUAACAGCGUGUGGGAAGAGAGCAGCCAAGGACGGACGAAACCCUCAUUGGACUCCCCAAGGGAAGAAAAGGAACGGUGGAUCCGGGCCAAGUAUGAACAAAAACUCUUCCUGGCCCCACUGCCAUGUACAGAGUUCUCCUUGGGCCAGCAACUGCUGCGUGCCACCGCGGAGGAAGACCUGCGGACUGUCAUCCUGCUCCUGGCACACGGGUCCCGGGAUGAGGUGAAUGAGACCUGCGGGGAAGGCGAUGGACGCACGGCAUUGCACCUGGCCUGCCGCAAGGGCAGCGUGGUCCUGGCUCAGCUGCUAAUCUGGUACGGGGUGGACGUCAUGGCUCGAGACGCCCAUGGGAACACAGCACUGGCCUAUGCCCGGCAGGCCUCCAGCCAGGAGUGCAUUGACGUGCUGCUCCAGUAUGGCUGCCCCGAUGAGCGCUUUGUGCUCAUGGCUACCCCCAACCUGUCCAGGAAGAGCAACAGCAGGAACAACAGCAGCGGAAGGGCGCCCAGCAUCAUCUGAGCUCAGCCAACACUGUGCCUGGGAUCCCAUGCCCGCCUGCUCCAGGAGUCACAGCAUGUGAGUUCCUCAGUCCCUCCCUCUUCCUGGUGGUCACUUCCACCCACCUGCCACUCACACACCCCACAUGAAGUCUCCAAACCUGGACAUCCUCAAGGGAAGAAGAGGAGGAUGGAGGCCACAGAACCGAACCCUUUUCCCACACUCCGGAAGCAAUGCAGGGGGGACUGACAACCUCCCGACUUUGAGGAUAGCACACGACGAGGGACCCCUGUUCCACUGACCUGGAACCCGGGGGAGGGGUAGCAAGGAGAAGGGGCAGCUUCCCCUAACUGGCAGUUAAGCACAUCAGUACAUUUCACCUCGACCAAAAGGAGGCUUGGAUUUCACAUCUUCUCUGGGGAGCUUGACGGCAUAAAUCAGAAGCCAGCACAGUUUGUCAGGUCUGAAGCCCCUAUGAUGGUAGGUGUCAAAUCAGUUGUAGCUAAUCUGUCCAGGGAGAAUACUGGCUUCAUUACACUUGUAUAGUCGAGUUCCUCCAGCAUUACCGCUGUUUAAUAGGACGUGAUUAGUCAUCACCGGGAAGAAGGCGUAUUAGCCGAGGAGGUAGUUACAUGGCACGCUCUGGUGAUUGCCACGAUGUGAUUGCUGUGCGCUUAGAAGCAUCAUAUUAUCCCAGACAUGUCUCUCCAGCCCUUGGAGCCCUCCUUUCUAAAUUCACUGUCAUAAUUUAGUAUCUGUUUAAUUUUUCAGUCCAAAGAGAGGAAAUCAGUUGCUGGGUAUUAUUUGACUGCACUCUCCUUCCUUGGUGCAAAAACAAAAUGGAAAAUAAAUAAAUAAAUAAGAAUAACCGGGAAAUUCAAAAAGAAAUCAUGAAUCCAGCUGGAAAUAGCUUUUCAAGUAUGCUCCAAAACUAAGUAAAAACAUAAAAUGCUAUGGUUUUUUGUUUUUUUUUUCUAAGAGAUUUUCUGUCCUUUGGCCACAGUGGAUGUAUCUGGCCUCAGUCACUCCCAAUCCACAAGGUCUGAGUUAUCCAGGUUUCUGUCGUAGAGAAGAUGUGUGAAAAUCUAUUUGAAUAAAAGAAGUUGAUAAAUAUGCAUUGAUUUUUGUGCAGACAAAUGGCAGCUCUGUUAAUUUCUAAGUUGAGCUGGAUGGGCACCAGUAUUGUGCAACUAGCUGAGAUCGGAGGGUGACAGAUCAGUGCAAUGGGCAGUGCCUCCAGCAGCAAGCACUUCCGUGAGUGUGGCGCGCAGCUCUUGAAAAGGCGCUUAUCAGAACAAGAUGGUGGGAUGAUUCGCUUAUUAAAGCCAGGAAGCGAAGGGGGACGAGUGGGAAGGAGCCUGUGAGUCCACAUCCCGAAGGCAGGAUGGAGAGCCGAGGCCACUCUUCCCAACCAAAAGCGAGGGGCUGUGGCAAGAAGGGGUGCUUGUUGGCACCCUGUAAGCAGCUGCCCACCAUUCUGGCACAGCUGACUCCUAAGAGCCUGCAGACUCUGUAUGCUCCGUCCCGUCUGUUUCUAACGUGUGACUGGUUUGCCUUCGUGGGCCACAGGGUGCAUCAGACACCAGCCACCUUCAGCACGGUGGUCAAGAACACCAAACUGUGACACUAUUUAGUUUAAAAAAAAAAAAUGAGGGGCAACCUUGCCAGAGAGCCCUCGUGGCAGUGUGGCAGGAAGAAGGCCAUCACACUGGAAGACUGGGCAAAGCCACCCCCUGGCAUCCUGUGGAGAAGCUCCUUGCUCUCAUAUAUUGAACUUUAUAUUUUGUAAGAGUUUUUCCUCUUCUUUCACUUUUUAAAGAAAAAAAUUUUAAGUAGACGGGAACAAAAGUAAAGCUUUAGACAGCAUUUCCAUGUGGGUGAGUGUCUCGUGGAGAUCUCCAGUAUCAGCGCGGCUGGGACUGACCAGGAUCCAAAAAUGUCACAGGUGCAAAAGCCACAGGCCUGAGACUCCUGAGCUCAGUUCCACGAGCCCUGUGUUUGGUUUUUCAUCCUGCUCCUCAUCACUGUGUCAUUUCUGUUAGUGCGAAUAGAGAAAGCAAGCUGUCAUAGCCUAUUUUUGAAGAAUGCAUUAGCACCCAACCCUGCACUCCGCAUUCGCCUCCACGUAGCCUUUACCAUAGACUUCUAUAGAGAACACAGAUAGAGUAUAAAUGAGAGUCUUAAAUUAUUUCAUUGUAGUUAAUUCCCACUAUAGGAGUGCUUUUAUCAUAGGGGAGCCUGCUUCAGAAGGGAAAUGGAGUCCUUCCUGAGGCUUCUCUUCGGGGUGUAUAUGAGUGUGUACAUAUUAUUAUGUUUAUAAUAUGAUAUUUUCCCGAUUGAUUCCUUGUUUCACGUCACCCUCCACUGUCCGAAUGCUCAGUUGCUCGCUCUGGUUGCCCCUCCCCCUCCCUUCUUCCCUUGGUCACUCUAACAUCAUCAAGUCUUCCUCAGAACACACGCCCCUCCCCUGCCAGUUUUAGCUGUGCUGAACUGUCCAAGGGGGCAGCCCCCUUUUCCCAAGCCUGAGUUCUGACCACAGGUAGAAUGGUGGUGGUGGGGCCUCUAGGGUUCUCUACAGAUGAAGGAGAGAAGCAGCCUAACCUGUGCCUGUAGUUCACCUUCAGACCCAGGGCCUCCCCUCAGUGAGAACCUUCUUUUUCCCAUUUCCAAGCCGACCACCAAGGCUGCGUGAAACCAGGAGCAGGGUCGUGGGGAAGGGAGCUGGGGUUUCUGGAAAGCUCCCCCACGCUAGGCACUUGAUUGAAUGCAAAUCACUUUUUUAAGGAGCAUGUCAGAAUAAGGUAGUGGGACAGUGGCCCGGAGAAGCAGGGGAGGGGAAGGAGCAGGUGAGUUCUCAUUUUGGAACACAGCGUCAGAGCUGAGCCUCCCGUCCACCAGGAGCCAGGGCCUCCGAAGUAGCAGAUGUGAGGAGCCCACGGCAAGUCCCUGCAACCUUUGUGUUCAGGGUGAAUUUCCUCUUGUUGAGAAGUAGCCAGCUGGGGCCAGCAGCAGACUGGCCUGUGAGUUGUCCAUCAACUGUCCCGGGGGCAGUCUAGCCUGUGGCUACCCCUGCUGAACCCCUAAUGCCCUUCCCCAGGCCUGUGCACGGUGUCAGGGCUGGGAAGUGAAGCCCUCCUUAUACUCCCCACUGCUGAGAAAACCCCUCCAAAUUUUUUUUUGUCUUGUUUUCCGGAGAAAAACCAAGCGCUACUUUCCUACGGCCCCCGACUGUCACUCAAACCGAAGGUGAGGCUCUCUCCUCCAGCCUUGUACCUCUGCUGUGGAUCCUCCACUCUCCUCCCUGCAGGUCCCGUGAGGCUGCUGGGACAUACACACCAUCAGUGCCCCGUUCCCGUUAACUUUGAGGAUCCUAGCACCUCAGGCCUUGGGCUUCACUGCCCAACAAUCCCCAGAGGAGCUUGCUCAGAGUGCUUUGUGGCAUCUCCUGGGUCAAGACCGCAGUUGGUGGGUUGUGACUGAACCUGGUGAACCAGGGACCUGCCGGCCCUAAGCCUGAGCUGUACUCUUUAGUUGCCAAGGUUGCCACCAUCCUGCCCUGAACUCAAGCUGUUUUAUGGCUGAGAUGGGAGCUCUCUACCCCUCCUGGGGACACGGCCCACAGCGCACGGGCACGGCUAGGAGGCGUGUGAUCAGGGCCUCCGAGCUACCAGCAGGGCAGAGGGUUUCAGAAGCAAGCCCAGGCCUUUUGGUGGGUCUCGGCUUGUCUGUCUCCACCGUCACACCCUAUAAAGUCCUUGAGGCUUUGCUAGACCUCUGCCAGGGUUGUAUUUUGACUUUGAAACAAAUUGAAGGGCAGUCAGGAAGGAAUUUGAGCGUCUACAGAGUUUCUCCCCCACUGCGCCUGUUGUGAAGGCACAGCUGGAGGUGAUUCCACUCUUGUUAGUUCCUAGAAAGCUGUCGAAGGCCGUGGGUGUCUCACCAGUGUGCAGCCUCCUCCACUGUGUGUGCCCCACCGCUGCCAGGCCUGGCUACCACACAGCGGGACCAGGAGACCCACGUGACCCAACUCUCUGUGCCUGCCCUGUUUGGGGGCCUUAAAAGCCACACUGAGGUAGAUGGGUUUUUAGCUAAAAUUUAACAUUUCUCCUUGAGAGGUGGUAGAGGGAGGGGGACAGGCUCAGCAUCCAGGCAGCACUAGUCCUCAGGCUUAGUCCCACCCUAGAGCUAAGAAGCAGCCAUCUCAGCUCAGAGAAGCCAGCGCCAGAAGCCAGGGCUCAUCUCUUCAUGGGGAAAGAAACCACUGACCAUCUGGGGCCUUGGUGUUUCAAGACGCAAAGUCUCUUGCUGCUCAGGAGCUCCGGCCCAUGCUUUUGCAAAUGCUCAUAUUUCUGUUUAGUCUCUGUGCCUGCUGCUCCUUAAACAGUGGUUUGCACCUGGGUCCGAGCUGAAGAGAGAGCAUUUCACCAAUUCACCGUCGAUGACUCUAGACAGCCCACAAAGUUUCAGCAGGCCCAGGUCAGGCGUGUUCACAUGCCAUCAGCCCGGUGACUCCUUGCCCAAGGCAGUGCGCAGUGAGGGUCCAUGGAAUAGCCGGCCGCCUGGCCCUCAUCUCAAGAGGCCAAUUUUCCUAUAGAAGAGUAGUAUUUAGUUUAAGGUUUGCUCCUGUCUGGUCAAAGCUUUCUUCACUGAGGCCUCUCCCGUAGUGAGCCUCAGGUGAGUGUGGGCACCCAGCACUGGCAGCCGCGCUAGGGUCCAAGCUAGUGGCCUUGGUGAGCAGGAGAGAAGUCAGCUCAGGGCUCGUCUUUGUUCUGCUGGGCACAUGGCAUCUGCAGGGGACCCCGCGGGGGUCAUGAAUCAAGCCAUAUGAUGGACUCUCCCGCCAUAAGGGAGAACUGAUCUGGAAUUCUGUGUUCAGGGAAUCACAUAGCCUUCAUCUUGUUUCGGGUGAAAUGAAGGAACCAAGAGGUGUAAAUGGGUGGGGGGGGGUGGGACUAGGCCCAGAGGAGAGCCCCGUGACACACUGCUACUAGGAACAACCCCAGGGUCCAGGUGCAGGACUGCAUCCACACUAGCCCAUGCUAACGUCUGGAUAGAGAGGGCUCUCAACUGCUUGCAGAAAGACAAACUUAGCCAACUGCUGGUGGGUCUCGUGGACUCACUGAGGGCAUUGAGUAGAAAGACCCAUGUGGCCCAAAACAGAAUUGUCAACAGCCCUCUUAUCCACAGCAGAGGGCUCACAAAAUGCCUGACCCACCUGGCUCAUCAGGAUGGGCAGAGAAGGGACCGAGGACGCUGUGCAGUCCAAAUGUGGCUUCUGGUUCUUUCUCUCAUGUGCACAUUGCUCACCUACCAGGUCCUGCAGUUUUCUUACCAGGGUGGUGCUGAGGGUACCCAGGGCAGUUGAGUGGAGACCAGGCUGUUGUGUGAUGGACAGGCAAAAGAUACCUUUGAAACGUCCCUGUGACCAGAAGGGAAAGACAGCUGCACCUCCCUGUUGAAAAUAACCCUUCUCUUAUAUGUAAAAACAUCCUUUUCCCUCCCUACACUGUGGGACCUUUUGUGUUUGAUUUUGAGGGGGUGGUGGUAGUGUUCUUCUAAACCCUAUCAGUUCUCAAGAUCCUCCAGCCCUGAGCCUGGGGAACUGAGCUCCAGAAAGGCACAGAAAGUGGCUGGUCUCUUCCAACGGCAGAGGACAGAACUCGUGGCAUCCUCUCUUGCCCUCUUCCCAUCCUUUCUCCUAGUCCAUCCUGAGUCCUCAUCUUGCCACAGCUUCUUUGCAAAGAGAAAACCCAGGCAAGGCAGGGCGCCCCUGGCACAUGUCUGGGUGGGGGGGGGGGCAAAGAAGGCUACAUAGAAGCACAGUGGGGGCUUCUCCAGAGGUGGGUGUCUGCCCGGGGCAUUUUGAUAUUACCUCAUUCCAUAACUUUGUGUUUCCCAGUGACUGAUGCUUUAUUUAUGCUUGUUUGUCCUGUAAUUAAACCAUCCACAGACAUUUCGCUUUGCUUGUUCAGGUUAAAUAUGCUGGUUUGUAUUUUCCUGCCUUGGGAUUUUGUGUCAGGUGUACAGUAUUCUGAGGGGAAAAAGAAAAGGAAAAGCGUGUAAAGUAACAGAGAGAGGUGGCUAUAGAGUAGAGACCUCUUUCUAAUAAAGAAAUGAAAAUAUG